GCUACCAUAUAGCCUCUUGCUGCAUAUACCUAGACGAGGCUGUCGCUUGUGGAUCUAUCGCUCUCCUCCUGGAAACAAACAAAAGAAAAACCGUCACACACUCGCUCUCACACACACACACUGAUAAAGGAAUAACAAUUGUCUUUUCAGAUUGUGUUGUGUCAAAGGGUUGAGCUGAGAGGGUGGAAGGAUGGUAAUGUGAAGAGAAGCACACCCAGGACUGAUUCUGUCAUACAACAUGGCCGACAACUGGUGGUUGCCACGGGAUACAGAAUUUGACUUGAUCAUGUGAUCUGUCUUCCUUCCUGUACCCUUAGACCUUCCAUAGGGGCAUCAUGACCAGACGACUGAGGAGCUCGACCCGUUCCCAGACGGAGGACUCCAUCUUCCUAAAGCCAGACGAGGAUCCCAUAUGGCUGGACGACCCCCCAACGACAGACAUCGACCCCUCUCAACCAGGAGAUGGCCCCCCGGGCCCUGAUGGCCCCCCAGGACAAGGGACAGGCCCCCCAGGGCCCCAGAGACAUCCAGAGGAACUGUGGAGGGACAAGUUUUACACCAUUGCCAUGGGGAUGCACUGGUGUGCCGUGCUCUGCACAAUCUCCCAAAUCACGGGUUAUUGGGCCUUCUUCAUGGUGGAUGGUAAUGGGCUUUUCUCAGCCUUCUACAAAGCCCUGCAGCUCCUGGACUUCUACCUUGGCGUCCUCCUGUCAUUCAACCCUGUGUUUGGAGUGGACUCCCUGUGCGUGAUGGUGGAGGUGGAGAAAACCAAGAACUACUGGGUCCUCCAGGCCACCGAAGGCAUUGGCAUGGCUAUCAUUGUCUUCAUGGUCAUCCACAUUUUGUGUAAGUUGGCGUACGGUGAUGCGUGGUGGUCAGCAGCGAUGGUGACUGACCAUGGGGACAGACGUCAGUCAGUGAGUCGCCAGCCUUCCUUCACCCUGUCAGAGUGGACAGACGCCCAGGAGGACCUGAUGGACCUGGAAGCUGAACCCCAGACACCUGUCUUUGACCUGGGCCUGGACACCAGGACAGAGGGGGACAUCACCACCCUCUCUGUUACACCUGUGGGCCUGCAGGAGAGGAGGGGCUCCAACGUGUCUCUGACCCUGGACAUGUGUUCUCCUGGCUGUACGGAGCCCUAUGGCUAUGGAGCCCAGCUCUCCCCCAGAGACCAGACUGCCAAGGAGUACCUGAGGGAGGGAACAAACACACUCACCCCUAGCCAGCUCCACACACGCGCUAUAGACAACCAGGCCCUACAGGCUGAGUUCUAUGAAACUCCCAUGAACUUUGUGGACCCAAAGGAGUAUAACUACCCAGGCCUGGUGAGAAAGAACCGCUACAAGACCAUCCUCCCCAACACACACAGCAGAGUGAUACUCCAGACAGCAGAUGAAGAUGACUUCCUCAGUACCUACAUCAACGCUAACUACCUACAGGGUUACGGGGGUGAGGAGCGGGCGUACAUCGCUACCCAGGGUCCUACAGUGAACACAGUGGGAGACUUCUGGAGGAUGGUGUGGCAGGAACGCUGUCCUAUCAUCGUCAUGAUCACUAACCUAGAGGAGAAGAACGAGAAAUGUGCGGAGUACUGGCCUGAGGACUCUGUGACCCACGAGGGCAUCGAGAUCACGGUUGUCACGGUAACACAGGAGGACGACUACAGCCUGAGGGUCUUCACUCUGAAGUUUGAUGGAGAGGAGCGCAGCCUCAGGCAGUACUGGUACACCUCCUGGCCUGACCAGAAGACCCCGGACAAAGCCCCGCCCCUCCUGGAGCUGGUAGAGGAAGUGGAGCAUGUCAGAGAGGAAGCUCCGCCCACCAGCGGCCCUGUCAUUGUCCACUGCAGUGCUGGGAUAGGUCGGACAGGCUGUUUCAUCGCCACCUCCAUCCUGUGUAAACAGCUGAGGAGUGAGGGCGUGGUCGACAUCCUGAGGACCACCUGCCAGCUCCGCCUCGACAGAGGCGGGAUGAUCCAGACGGGUGAGCAGUACCAGUUUGUUCACCAUGUCCUCAGCCUCUACGAGAAGCAGCUGUCCCACAUUGUAGAGGAGUAGAGACACACCACUGUACUGUACACUGUACCUACUGUACCGGACACCCAUCUCAAUGUCACCCUUUAACACACACAACCACAAAAACUACACGGACAACAACAACACACUAUGUCAGCCUCAUCCAGCCCCCUUCCAUUUCAGAGGCCCACGUACGAGAAGCCCAGUCUUGACUUAAGUUCCUUAAUUCUGCCAGAAUUUGACUGAUUUGCUUUGCGGACGAUGCUCUAAAAGUAACAAUGAUUACAUUUCUGUCUGGCCCCACUUUCUAACGCAAACAUUUGUUUUCACACUUGGCAGAGGUCUGUCCAGUAGGAUAUCUUAUAAGACAUGUCCCAUCAAGUGCCAUUUUGAAUUAUUCACAGACUUCUCCAGAUAAGAAAAAGUCCAGCCGAUAUUACAAGUGUUGUAAAACAAUCUCACAGUGAGGGAACACAUGUUCGUCUGAAACGUAAACCAUCAACUAGCUUUUCUCUCCUAUUACAACAAAACUAUCUCCUACGAGCAAAAGAUGUUGAAAAGACGUAUUUUCAAAGUCUUGUGCUCACUGGGCCUCUUAAAAUAAAAACAGUACAGCAGGCCUUUCAAACUCCUGGUGCUUUCAGGAGCCACCUCAUCUUCAGGUUGCAUGGUGCUAUGUGUUCAUUAUCAUUGACUGUGGCAUGUAACAUAGAUCUCUAUGGAACCAUAGAGGAAUGUAACCAUUAGGUAACUAGGCAUUGUGUGCAGUCUCCGCAGUAUUACAGGACCAUGCGUAUGUGUAGUCAGUCAGUCAUCAUCAUGACCUCCAUGGUAUUCAACAUCCAUUAUGGCCUCAUAGACUUUCACCAGAGUUGUCAUGUGACCACUGAGACUGAGGGGGCGUGUGCAUGUCUCAACUUCUGGGUUCAUACAGUGAGAAGUAAUGACUGUCACAUUAAGUAGCAUGGGAAUCCAGAGAUAGAGGUGCAGAUUUACUAGCAAAACAUGGACCUGUUACUUUUUUGCGGGAGUAAAAUAGCCUGGGUGCCAGUCUGUUUCUGCUCGCUUGCCAACUCCUUAUGGAAUUGUCAUGUUUUGUCAAUUACAAUGUAGUCUGCAAAAGCACAAACAGAUCUGGGACCAGGCUCGAAGAAAAACAUAAAAGAGCAAAAGCGUACAAAUGUAAAGGUUGCAAGAAGAAACAAAACCUCCAACUGGAGUUUGAUGGUUUAGCUUUCCUUUUUACUAUAUUAUUCACCUCUAACAAAGGAUGCAGGUGUUAAUGAUGGGUAAACCUGACCCUCCUAACCCUUCCCAUCAGUGCCCUCUCAGUGCUGUUGGGAUGGUGACACCUCUGCGAUCAACAGUAGCCUGAACACAUGCGUGACGUUAGCGGCCCAUGAUUGUUGUAUAGAUAGGCCAAGCCUAAUCUGUAUAAAGCACAAUAGACCAACUAUGGUUGUCUCUCUGAUGUUCAGCUGUAAAUGUUAUUUUCUGUAUCGUGUUUUGACUGUGUUGACUUAAAUGGAUUGCAUGUGCUGUAUGGGACUCUCAUAUGUCCGUAAUCAAAGCGAAGUGAUUGGUUGUCCAGCUUUCCGUUGUGUAAGGGUUCUCCAAUUAUCUUGCUUGCUCUCUGCCAAUGCUUUUGAUACAGUUUGCUUUUGUGAAACCAACCAGAGAUAUUUUUAGAACAUUUUGAUACAAUCCUUUCGAGUAGAUGCCUUGUGUAUAUUUCCAUUUACACCACAAUGGAAUGUAGCUCAUACUGUGGUCAAACCAUUGGUUUAUAUCGCAAGAUUUGACAGAAAAAAAUGUGACAACUACCCAAGUUACCUUACAACAAAAACCAUUGAUUGUUUCGUCUUCAGUAUUACUUUGAUGCCUCUAGGCUUUGCUUUAAUAUGCUUUGCUUUAUGUGUCUUCAGGUUUUUGUCUUGUUUUCUUCUAGAGUUUUACCCCAGACCCAGUUUUUACACAGUCCUCACAUAUUCCCCAUCUGUGGUUCAAAUCGAAUUCAAUCACAUGCAAUGGAAAACGACACUGUGGGUUCACUCUAAAUGUUUACGCCAAUGCCAAUGUCCAUGACGAACAGCUUGCAGCCAGGAUUUAAAUGUGGUUAACACCUCCGAUACUUAACAUUGACCUACAGUGUGGUUUCCCUUGGUGUGUAAUUGAUUGCAUUGGGGCCUGUGACUUAAGGCCAGACUGACUUCACAACAACAUGAGAAAUAUGAGCUAUGUGUAUGGCAGCUAAAACAGCGAUUAAGAAUUGUAUGUAAGAAAUCUCUAACAAUUUUCAUCUUGAUUGAAUACAACUGGUCAAUUACAGCAAACACCACCAGGAGACAAUCUCAUUGUUUUUGGUUUAAUGGACAUCUCACAAAGUAAAAAAUGAGCACUAGUAUUUUAUCCUCUGAUUGAAACUGCUAUAAAAUGUUGAGUUUUGCAGAUGGAAAAGAGCUGAAGCGGAACCACUAGAAACUUGGAGAAGUUGGAAUUCAACUAUGAAAUCCUUUCCCUAUAACGCUCGUUGCAAUUGAUACAACAGCUUUAUUUUGAGUGCUUGUUUUCUGUGCUACCGGGUCUCAUUCUGGUGAUCAUAGUGAAGAAGAACAUAAUUGGAAUAGCCAACUCAGUGAGCAAAAUUGGUUGAAAAGACUUUGAAUAUGUAUUUUUGGUUGAAAAGAUGUUGAAAAGAUGUCUUCUCAACAUGUUUUGCUCACUGGGAAACUAUCAGACAUACUCCAACCAACCAGCAAACAGCCUACUCUCCUCUGCUACUAAAGUAUUGCUUUAAAUUGUGAGUUUUUGCAUUCAAAUAAAAGUAGAUUUUCAUGAA